CGGCGGUGUCCGCUGGGCCUCGCGACCGACCGCCGCCCCGCCCCAGCUCUGGGGGCGGCGCGCGGCUGCGAAUGGCCUCCUGACACGAGGCACGCGCGCAGAUGGCGGAACUGCUCGAGCACGAGAAGCUCGCCCAGGUCCAGAACUACGCCCAGGCCAAUGACAUUCCGUCGCGCGCCGUGCCGCCGCGGAGCGGGCUGAACAUCCUCACGCCCAGCCGCACGGAGCCGGCGCUGGGCGCGACCGGCGGCAAGGCCUACGGCCUGGCGGCGGCGGCGAAGCCGACCGCGGGCGCGUCCCCGCGCCGAGGCGCGCCGCCGCUCCCCGCCGAACGAAUCUCCCGCGCAGGCGAGGCGGCGUCGCCGCGGAACCUGAGCCGCGCGGCGUCGGCCCACGCGCUGACGGCCCUGGAGAACUCCAUCGACCGGUCCCCGCGGCCGCGGCCCGCCGCGCCGCCGCCGUCGAAGGCGCCGAGCCCGGUCCUACAACCGAAGAAGACGCCCGACUGGCGCGCGCUGCCGAGCGCGCUCGACAUCGCCGCGGCCCUCGCCGGCGGCGCGACGAGUGCGCGGCGCCAGCUCGUCGUCUUCCUCGACUACGACGGCACGCUCACGCCCAUCGUCAAGGACCCCGCCGCCGCGACGCUCUCCGAGCCGAUGCGCGACGCGGUCAAGACCCUCGCGGCCAAGUCGACGGUGGCCGUCGUCAGCGGCCGCGCGCGCGAGAAGAUCCGCGAGUUCGUCCGGCUCGAGGAGCUCUACUACGCGGGGAGCCACGGCUUCGACAUCGACGGGCCCGGCGGCCUCCGCCACUCCGUGUCCGCGGAGAUCAUCCCCGUGCUCGCCGCGGCGCGCGACGCGCUGCGCCGGAGCCUCGCCCACGUCGCCGGCGCCUCCGUCGAGGACAACCGCUUCGCCGUGUCCGUGCACUGGCGCAACGUCGCGGAGCCGGAGCGGCCCGCGGUCUCGGCCGUCGUCGACGCGAUGCUCCGCGAGGCGCCCUUCGCGGGCGCGCUCAAGCGGUCCGAGGGCAAGUGCGUCUACGAGCUCAAGCCCAACGUGCGCUGGGACAAGGGCGAGGCCGUGCUCUACCUCCUGGAGCUGUUGCGGCGCCGCGCGAUGUCGUUCGAGGAGUACGGCGCGGAUCCCGCGGACGACGACGGCGGCGCGCCUUCCGGCGGCGAGGCGCCGCCGCCGCCGCCGCCGCCGCCGCCGCCGCCGGACCACCGCGACUCGCCCGUCGGCUUCUCGCCGUCGGAGUGGUACCGGGGCGUGCUGCCCGUCUACGUCGGCGACGACACGACGGACGAGGACGCGUUCCGCGCGCUCAAGCCCCUCGGCGCCGUCACGGUGCUCGUGACGCCCGAGAAGGAGGCCAAGGAGCGGCCCGCGGCGACCUACGCGACGCACACGCUCGGCGGCGUCGGCGACGUCAAGGCCUUCAUCGACGCGCUCGCCGCGGCCUGAGGCGCGCGCGCGGCCGGCCGGGGCGCCCAAGUCCCAGCCCCGGCCCUAAGCGGCUCGGCGACGCUUAGAAGCCCGCGGCCUCGCGCCAGGACGGGCCGGACCGCGUCGGCGGCUCGUGCGCG